UUGCCCUUGAUAGAGAAAGUUCCUUUUUUUACAAUUUGUUUUAACUAAAAAUAAAUAACACUUUAAGCACAAUGUUCUUUGAGAGUUUUAAUAAAGAUCAUUUUAUAUGCGGAUAUAUAACACGAUCUUUGUAUACCUCUAACUUUUAAAAGAUUGAUAGAGAUGAAUGAUUAAUGAAAAAUGUGCAAAUGUGUAGGCUAUAUCAUAGUUGUACAAAUCGAAAUAAUUAAAGAAACUGGGCGAAGGAGAAAUGAUAUCGUUCGAUGUCUGCGACACGUUGCGUACCUCUUUCAUUCUAUGCAAAGAAGCAGGACGAUCAUCGUCGUCAUCGAACGACGCAUUUUUUCUUAAUAACUUAACUCUCGGCAUUGUUCUUUGUUUCAGAGUUACGAAGCGAUAGGACGAAACCGCGAAGUUGACGACGACGACGGGGAUAAGGUUGAAGAGGAACGAAAGAUGAGAUACAAGGUGAAUGACCCUGAAAACAGUGGAAGGGGAGUGGACGAUGGCAAUAAUAAAAAUUCAGAACUCCCAUGGCAAUGUAAUCACGGAGACGAAAAAUCGAGCAGAAAGGAAACAAGGCUCGUGAUAAUCGUUGUUUUAUUAACGAUAACUGUGAUUACUCUUGUUGUUACCUUAACUUUGCAAAUGAUUGUAUUUUAUAAGGAAGAAUACAAAGAAAUGUGUCAGAGCGAAGAAUGCAUAAAAACAGCCGCGAGAGUAUUAGAAGCAAUGAAUAAAUCCGUAGAUCCUUGCGACGAUUUUUAUAGAUUCGCUUGCGAUGGCUGGGUCGCAAAGCAUCCGAUACCUCAGAGUCAAGUAUCCUGGGAUCAAUUGAGUCUCCUUAGAGAAUAUCUCCUCCAAGAUUUAAGAAUUUUAUUAGAAAUGUCUGAUAAAAAGGAUGAUCUAAGACCUGUUAAGUUAGCAAGGUCUCUUUACAGAACUUGCAUGGAUACGGCGAGCAUCGAAACGUUGGGAUUACAACCGAUAUUCGAAGUAUUCAAAAAGAUAGGAUUACCGACGGAUCCACCUUUACAAGUCAAAGUUCCUCCUCUUGAUUUAUCUCGAAUUGCUGGUACAAUCCGAAGAAUAUUAGGCUUGAAUCUUUUGGUUAAUUUGUAUAUUAGCGAGGAUAUACGAGACACAACGAGAAACAGAAUAAUGACGGAGCAAGUAUCUCCAGCUUUUAGCGAACGAUAUCUCCUCGAUCCUCAACGUUUUCAGUCAGAAUUAGGUGAAUAUAAAAAAUAUAUAAAAGCUAUGAUGGAAUUUGCUGGGGCUGGAAACAGAAGUACAAGUUUUGCAGAUGAAAUUUUAGAAUUUAGUACGAAAAUUGCAAAGAUCAUGGAUACACCAGAGGAAAGACGUAGCGUACAUCACUUAUUUCAUGAUGUUACUAUUGAUGAGUUACAACAACUGACUGAUCUACGUGUACAACAAUGGAACUGGACGAGAUAUCUGGAUGGUAUAUUUGAAAAUACAAAUGUGACCGUAAAUACAGAGAGUGAAAGAAUUAUUGUAAUGGAUCUACACUAUUUACAGAAAUUGCCCCAACUACUUGCUAUUACGCCGCCUGCUACGAUAGCACGUUUUAUCUGGUGGAGCGUAUAUUCAGCGAUUACGCCGCUUACACUGCAAAAGUUUCGUGAUCUUGGCUUUCAAUUUUCUCAAAAAGUUUUUGGUCUUAAAGAAAAAACGCCAAGAUGGAAAGGUUGUACAGGAAAUGUUAAUGCUAACUUUGGCAUGGCUCUAAGUUACGUCUACGCUCAAAAACAUUUCAAUGAACAGGAAAGGGAAAAGGCUUUAGAAAUGUUAAUGGACAUUAGGGCAGCAUUUGAUACAAUGGUUAAAGAAUUAGAUUGGAUGGAUGCAGAUACUAGACUACGCGCACAUAGAAAAUUAUACGCAAUGAGACCAUUUGUCGGCUUUCCAGAGUGGAUUACUAAUCCAGAGAAAUUAAAUAAAUUUUAUGAAGGUGCAGAAGUAAUAGAAGGAAAAUUGUUUGAAACUUUUCUGAAACUGACGGAUGUAGGCGUUAAGAAAAAUUUAAAUAAUUUGCGAGAAAAACCGGAUAAAAAUCGAUGGAUAUCCACUGGAACUACUGUUAAUGCAUUUUACAGCGCUAUUUUAAAUUCAGUCACUUUUCCAGCGGGUAUUUUACAUCCACCAUUCUAUGGAAAUGGAAUAGAAUCAAUCAACUAUGGUGCAAUGGGUGCGAUUAUGGGUCAUGAACUUACUCAUGGGUUUGAUGAUCAAGGUCGCAGAUACGAUGAAAACGGCAAUCUCAGGCAAUGGUGGAGCGACGAAACAUUGCAACAUUACCAUGAGAAAGUCGAAUGUAUCAUCAAACAGUACAGUAGUUAUCAUCUUCCUGAGCUGGGUAACAAUUUUACAGUGAGUAAUAUUCUCGUUGAAAAUAUACCAAAAUGUGCCAAGGUAUAUUGGCUAAUUUGCAAAGACAAAGAAUUACUAAUGAUUUUUCAGGUAAAUGGCAUUACAACUCAGGGUGAAAAUAUUGCUGAUAAUGGUGGAAUACGAGAGGCUUAUAGAGCCUAUCAAAGAUUGCAAGCUCGUAAUUCGCAUCAACGAGUUUUACCUGGCCUUUCAGAAUAUACCCACGAACAAUUGUUCUUCUUAGGCUUUGCACAAGUUUGGUGUGGAAAUUAUACAAAUGGAGCAUUAAAAUCUAAACUUAUAGAAGGUGUCCAUGCACCAAAUCAUUAUAGAGUAAUUGGAACAUUGUCGAAUAAUGCAGAAUUUGCAAAAGCUUGGAAAUGUUCAACUAAUAGUCGUAUGAAUCCAGAACAUAAAUGCAUCUUGUGGUAAAUGUUUGCUAUUUGACUCAAUCCAAAAUAUAUUUGUACAAUUGUGACAGAAUGUAUGAAAAAAGCAUAAAACUGUCAUAUUUAAUUUAAGAUUUAUAUUUAUAUAGACUGAUAGGAGCUAGUGAAUAAUUUAUUAUUACUCUUACAUUUUGUGUAUUCUGAACCUCAUUUUACCAACUGUAAAUAUCAUUCAAAAAAUAACUACUUUUUCAAGUUA